UGUAUGACUGAGCUUCUUCGAAUCAAUAGUCGGUGGUAGUAAUGUUCAAUUCUGUGUUCCAUAAGCGACCGAUUAGAGUGAUCCGAAAUGGCAUAGAACCAUGAAGUAAUUGAUUACGACAUAGACUACGUUGUUCACGUUGAUGCUUUCGCCACAGCACUGAAGCAGUAUCAAACCAGGGACAUGGUCACAAUAUCAGUCAGCAAAGCGUCCUAUACCUAAGUACAGCUGGCAUUCGAAACCUCUGAUUCGACAUUUCUCGUCUGUAAUAGCGUUUCUGUAUUCAGACAAUCUCGUUUAUGCCAACGGGCGAGUCAGUGCAUAGGUAUUUGGGCUAAUUACGUUCAUGUUAUGCAUCGGCCACAAGUUAAUUUAUUUCAAACAGUAGUAAAAAAACGACCUCACAUCGAAGAACGGAAGCCUUACUGCCAUGUCUAAACGAAGCUUGAAUUAUACCAGCCCAAGCUCAACCAGGGAGCCGAUUAAAACUUAAUGCCAGAAUGAAAACACAACAAGAUGAGGAAGACAUUGUAACAAGGUUUGAUGCCCAACUCGGACAAUUUGGUUCAACCAACUCAUGUUCGUAGCAGAACAUUCGGAUUAUCGAGAUAUCAGUAUUCUGCGCUGCCUGAACAAUUUGAAAAGCGGAAACAUUUCUUCCAGCUAUUCAAACGAAGAGGUGCGAUCGACGUUCAUUCAAGCUAGCAAAAAUCAAAGACUGAAUUUACUACAACGAUGGGUAUUCAUCUCAGUCGUCAGAAUGGACUUGCUGAUGGCGAGGAUAUAAAUAGUAGUUCCGUCUACAGAUACCCUCCGAAAAGUGGUAACUAUUUUGCAUCGCAUUUUAUAAUGGGUGGAGAGCGGUUUGAUGCCUCCCAACCAGAAGCCUAUCUGUUCGGGGAGAACUCAGACCUGAAUUUCCUUGCCUCACGACCUUUACCGUUUCCCUACCCAGCACCUCAGCCGAACGAACCAACUCGUCCACUCCGAUGUCUCAUAAAUAUUCGAAAAGAAUCUCUCAGAUUUGUGAGAGUAAAAACUGGCAGCGGUAAUAAUAGUGAGGGGUCAACUAAAAAGAAUGCUAGUUCAGACGAUACCUGUAACGGUGGUCCAAGUCCAGGAACAACAGGUUCCGGCUCAACGAAGUACAACAUUGAGUUUAUCUUCGAUACCGAGUGUCGUUGUGCAAUAACUGUACUCUACUUUUGCACCGAGGAAGUUACUCCAAAUGGCAUAGUGUACUGUCCCCGCUUUCCAACAAUGUCAUCGGAAACCUACCAUUACAAGCGCGGCUGCAAUCAACUCUUCCAACAAACCUCGCACGUUUUUGACCCCUCGAAAUAUUCAGACGCUGAACUUGCAUUUAAUAAUAAUUACACAAUGUUCCUCGCCGAUAUCCAGAGAUGUGAACGUGCCGUUGACGGAAUGGGUCUUGGGGGUGGCGCGGGGGGUGUAGGCGCUGGUGCGGGUGGAGGAAGCAGCCCGAAUGGGGGAGCGUCGCUAAGUGGUUUUGGAAAUGGCAUUGGUGGCGGAGGCUGCGACUCGGGAAGUGCUGGAGAAGUAUUUCCAGUUGUGAUCCAUUGUGUUGCCGAAGAAGGUGAAGAGCCCCGACAAAGUCACGUACUUCUAGCAGUUGUAGAGCGGGCGAGUUCAGCAAUGAUGGGUUCUGGGGCGGAUUCCGGAGGAGGGGGCAGUAUUUCGCAGCCAACUGGAUCCAGUUAUACUUUGAAGCCGCUCAAGCAGAAACUGUUCGUCGAUGGACUCGUUUAUCUCCUACAGGAGAUUUACGGGAUUGAGAAUAAGAAUAACAUCUGUAGUAAUAGCAAUAUACAUAAUGGAUGCUCUCAGAACAAUGGUUGCUCGCACGGUCUUAGUCACAAUGAUGACGGUGGCUCUUCUAUCGAUGGAGUCGGAGGACUGUGCGACGAGUCUGACUCCGAGGAAGAAUCUGGAGGAGAAUGCGUAAUUUGUAUGUCGGAGCCUAGGGACACGCUGAUUUUACCUUGUCGGCAUCUAUGUCUUUGCGCAGCGUGUGCUGAUUCGCUACGCUACCAAGCGAACAACUGCCCCAUUUGCCGGGCUCCGUUCCGCGCCCUGCUUCAGAUACGGGCUGUACGCAAGAUGCUCCUUAGCUCACACCCUUCGGCUCAUCUCAAUAACGAACACCAACUACAUCAAGUUGGGCAGGAUGUCCCUGCUGGCUACGAGAGUAUUCCGUUGCUUGAGGCUCUUAAUGGACCAAUGGGAGGGAAUCAGGCUAUGAUCACGUCUCAAAUUGGCCAGGCUGGUAAACAUGUUCGCCUGCAUGCGAACAGUUCCUCCGCGAAUCCUUCACAUUCACCGCGUUCCGAAUGCCAUCAACAGGGUGGCCCAGGUAAGAGGAGUAACGGGAGCGGGAGUGGCUCAGGCGGUGGAGCGGGUGGUGGAGGUAAAAUAGGGAAAAUGCAUCGCAACAAAUCAAGUUCUGCUGGGAGCCUUCGACACCAGCAGCAGCAGCUACAGACUCAUAGUCCACUGAGGAUUUCGGAGCAGAUGGCUCUGGUUAGUAACUCGGCACGGGAUGGAAGUGGAGUAAAUUCGAUAGGGCAGCUAGAAGGAACAAUGACAAUGCUCGGAACAGAAGAAAAUCAACCGCUUGCUCGGGCCGAGACGGCGCCUCUACCUGGGAGACAUCGAAGACACAAGGAUAAGUUGCAGGGACAAUUGCAGCAACAGGGUCGAGGACUGGGCAAGAGCGCCAGACCACAUACAGCAUCACACGCUAGUGCAACGUCUCUCGCCAUGGAUAACUUGUCAGCUGAGAGUACAUCUUUGCUGGACGGUGAAGAUAAUGGCAGAGUAGCGGGAGACGGAACCCUAGCCGGAGAGGGAUGCGAUCGGGGCGAUUUCGGGGUACAUUCUGCGUUCCCUCCCCCAGGAUCGCCAUCUCCCGCAGCCGCGACCGUAAUUACAGUAGACCAAGCAACGGACACAAGUCUUGACAAUCGAGAUCUUCAUGGAUCGCGCGAAGAUGCCAGGGAUAUGGACAUGCUUUUUCAGCGGAGGAAAGCCUUUCCAGAUUCCGGGUCGUGCACCGUACGUGCGGGCAGCGAAAGUGAGCCUGCAGAGUUGGAGCUCGUAGAACAAGUAGAAACGGGCCGAGUAGUGGCAGCCUCAACUUUGGCGUACGACUCAAGCGGUACAGAUCUGCCCACACUAGCUCCAGGUACCCCAAAAUCAGGCUCUGCCCGUUCAAGUGCUGACAGUUUCUCAAGCGCGGGCUCAGGCACUCGUCUUCUAGUUAACGCUACAACAGGAUCCUCGACAACAAGUACAGGAGCUGGAGGGCAUGCGGCUGUCACUGUAGUCACGAUCAAGCAGCAACAAGUGAGGCCCACCUGUGGAGAUACGGAAGAGGUUUAACGUCUAAGGACAAUAUGCGAGAUGAUCAUCCCAGUCAUUUUAGGUCUACGGCAGCCUCUUAAACCGUUUAUUGCAUUAUUAUGCUGGAACAAGGGAUCUGUACAUCCCGUAAAAGCGCAGCGUUUAACGCCGUAGACGAGACAGCUAGUGUACUGCGCAACAAAAUGAUUCACAAAAGCGUUGUGUGUAGCCGUUCAGAAGAAAACAAUGGCUUUAGAAGUAUAGUGCUUGGCUAGAGUUUAAAUACAUACGCAAGAUACACCUCGCCCAAAACGAAUAUCCCCAAUACGGCUUUAGGAACAAGAUAAUUCGUUAGUGGGCGCAAACAAAUUGCUUACUAAAUUCCGUGUGCUAUUUUCGCGAAACUGAAAAUAUGAAUGUGACAUUUUUUCUUUUCAUCUUAUGACAAAAUCAAUACCGACUCUUAUACGCCUUGCCGUACAUCACCGUGUAUGCUGUCAAUAUCGAUUUGACGAAUCUCGCCUAACUGUAUCACUCAGAGAAUGCAUUCUUUUUCGUUUCGAGGAAGAUGUUUCUGUGUCGUCAGCUUUCCAUGUUACAUUCCAAUAUUUUGUAAUGUACCACCUAAACUCAGUAAUCACUAGAAGAAGGCAGAAACAUUACUGCUUGGAUUAUUAUCUGCGUACACCUAUCGGAGAUCGUAAUUAGGUGAAACCGACUGAUUAGGUAUUCGAUAACAUGAUUACGAAGUGCCGACAUUUUCUAUCAUGGGAAAACACUGGGACGACUACGAAGCAAGCUGCGACAAGUUUCGGCGAAGCGAAAAGCAAGUGACUAAUAGAAUUCACGAGUACUAAGAGUUUAUAUUUUUUUCAUUACUGAUUCACUUUACCAAUCCACUUCGUUCAUUUAGUGCUGAUGCGGUGUUUUCUAUUGAAAACCUCUAUGAGAAUUACGAGACGUAUUUUUGUCAUUUUGCGUUAGUUUUUACGUAUUGAUUAAGGUAGUGACACAUGGUUUAUUAUACAUUAGUUUAUGUUGUGUCUCUCCAUCUCUCUGUGAUGCUAAUAUAUAUAUAUAUAUAUAUAAAUGAAAGGUAGCUCUAAAUACUUGUAACUAAUUUUACUAAUGCUACAAUCGUUAGAAUCUAUAAGGAUAUAUAUAUAUGAUGAUGCAGAUGAAUAAAUGCUUUAGCGCGAAACGAGCAUAUUAUAAACACUUGCAAUCUCAAUUUCAACUCCAUAAAUCAUAUUCUGGACUGAAUAUGAACCCCCUAUAUAUAUGUGUGUGUGAGUCUCAGAUGAUUUUGUGUGAUACGCCUUCGUUACAUUCUAUUAGAAAUAAAUCACUGCAGAGAUGCAGCACUGCUAUCUCGAUUUUCCUUAUGUUUUUUUUAAAUGGGUGCCAUAGGACAAAAGUCUAAUUUCAGUAUUAACGAAAACCUAUAAUGCGGUAUGUGGACGCUUAAUAAAGCUACAAGAAAGCCUUUCUAUGCUCGAAAUUCUGUCAAUUUGUAUCGAAUACAAAUUUCUAUGUCUUUUUAGUGUAUUGUUAUAGCUUGGGAAAACGUACAAGAAAAGAUUUCUUUAUUAGGCACUCUUUUUUUCGCACUGUGAAAAAGGGGCGGGAAAAAACUAUCGAUUAGAAAAGGGAGUAAAAAAGGGAAAUUUAUAAUGAUACACUACGAUAAACGGCUCCAGCUCUAUAACGAAGCAUUCAAACAGUAAACAACUAUUUAUCAACUAAUUCUUUAAAUGAUAGUUUGAUUUACUGGUGUUAAUGCAAGCACUCGAAAGAUCUGCGCAUCCAUGCCGCACGUUUUGAAGGAUAUAGCUAAUUCAUUCGCGCUAACUUUGUUCUUGCUAGGUGUGAUAAAAAGCAAACCAAUAUAUAAAGUAUCAGUAACAUAUAUCUUCAAUUGACAUAAGGGUUGCUUGAGUAUCGUCAUGACCGGUUGAACAAUGCCAGCUUAACGCUUACAACGUGCGUCACAAAGUAUAAAAGAAGUAAGCAUUGCGGUAACGUUUGGUCAAAUGAAAAGCAUGGAUGGUUAACACCAACAGUAAAUUUACUUUUGAACAGCGAACACGAAAACAACGAAUCGUUUUUGAAAAUCCUGUUAAAGAAGUGGAACUGGUGAUAGUAGUAGGACCUUUGGCCAGUCAACAACGAAUACAUCGAUGCCAAACCGCCUAAUCAAUUGCAUUUCAAGCGGCUCCUAGCUAUGGGUAACCUACGUAACUAUUCAUAGUACAAUUAGGUGCCAAAUUGAAUUAUCUUGUGAGCGUUUGUAGCUGCAGUCAUAUCAGUAACCCUUGAAUAAGCCUGGGGACCUACUUCAUAGUAUGUUCAACUAAGGUUUAUUAGCGCCUCGUUGUUGAUUCAAUAGGUGAUAAAUUAUCCUCGUGUGAGGAAAAACAACGAACUUGUACGUUAUAAAUCUCGUGGUUAACGGAUUAUUGUGGAAUCCAAAUCAAUAGCAAAUCAAUCAGUUAGGUAAAAAAAAAUCUGAACAGAUCAUUCGAUUCUCUCCUUCGCGAAAAAAAACGACGUUUGUGCGCUGAUAUUCUUACAUUAAAUAAGGAAUUGUACCUAAAAAAGCUACGACAACAUAAGAAGGUGUAUCGACUUCAAGCAAUAACGAAGAUAGAUUCUUGCCGAGCUUUGACUCCAUUACAAGAAAUCCAACGUUUCUUAAGAAAUACGUAGUUUGUGCUCACGCACAAACUUGGUGGUCUCCAAGGUUCAGGCCAUUUAGUCAUCCUACAUUAGGUACUACGAAUCUUGUCUGCUUUGACCAUCGAACGUCCAGCUGCGGGAUUAAGCUACUAUGGGGCCGUCAAACGCAAAUCCCACCACGACUAGCACAGCGUUAAACGAAAUACCUGGCGCUACGAAAUCUUCUGCUCCCGACGGAAUUAAAUCUCCAAUUGUAAAAAGCGAGGCACUUAGGAAAAGGGUCGGUACACCCUUUUCGUCUCCGAAAGCCGCUAAAGAUCGCAGCAGUCUUGAUGCCAAAAACAAGGCUGGCGUCGAUUCAUCGUCAUCAGCCACAGGCGCAGGUUCUAUCAGUGUCAGUGUUAAUUCAAAGACCGACGUAGUCCCAAGUAGCUCUUCUAUAGAACUUACGAAGAGUCAGACGGUUCUUUCUUCUGGUUCUGUCGCUGAACCAACUAGUGCGACCACUACAUCCUCCGCAACGGGCGACUCGAUAUCGUCGAGCCACAGCAGGGAACGAAAAACAAAUUUUGACGAUAAAAAGAAAAGCUCACACGAACGCACUGGUGAGCUGUCAAACGCCUCUUCGGACCCCGCAUUAGCGAAGAAGAAAGAAGAGACACAACAGUUAAGAGAGGGAAAACGCAAACGCUCAAAAAUUGUGUGGCUCAUCGUUGUCGUGGCGUUUAUAGGUAUCGCAGCUGGGGUUGCCACAUUAAUAACUCUUCGAAUACAAAGUGCCGCAGAACAGCAGAAGCUACAGCAACAACGGGCUCUAAAUGCCACAGACCAUGCUCCCAAAAUAACUGAAGCCAUAGCAGAAGAUUUCAGUUAAUGUUUAAGGUUAAUAGCACAUCAUUCCCACGCUCGACGAAGAAAAUUUCCUGGUCUAUUUAUAUGGAUGACUGUCUGCAGAAAGUUUAAGAAGCCUCCAGAUCAUCUUUUAUAAUACACGAACUCAAGAGUGUUUUAACAAUGCUGUAUUUUAACAACGGUAGCGAAAAAUUAGAUUUAAAAGUAUCAGCUUAAUAAAAAAAAAGUUAUGCUUUUGUUAUUUCAUUCCAUACUAUGCGCACACGUUUUGUGUAGUCAAUCUGUGUUACUUCAUUCAUACUAUGCGCACACAUUUUGUGUAAUCAGUUUGUCUCAGAACAGACUUGUAAGUAUGAAAUUCUCAUGUAUUCUUUUAUAGCGGGGCAUUGUAAUCCAUUGGUUCCAUUUUUGCGACGCGUGAAACGUAGGAAGUUCGUUAUUGAACAUCGUUUGUCACAUUCGUUGGCCCGCUGAACAAUAGCUCAUCUUGUAACAUUAACUAGUAGAAGCUGUCAGCCCAUGCUCCUGAAGUAGCGCACCACACAGAUGAAAAGUCGGAUUUUCCGGCUUCUUUCAGAUUCCUAUAUGCGAAUUUAGUGCUAGCUGCAGUGCGCGAAACUAUGAAACUUCUGAGAAUGUCAAAACCGUUACGGAGGAUUAAGGGGCCCAGAACCGUUACGGAAGGAUUAAGGGGCCCGAUGUCUUCAAGAAAUUCUGACAUAGAAAUAUUAAAUUCGUAAAGCCGUAAAGCGGUUUUUUCUGGUGAUGAAAUGUCCAGUCUAAUA